CCCGGCCCGGCCGUGAGGGAGCCUGGGGGCCGUGAGGGAGCCCCUGGGCCAGUGCACGAUCGUCAUGGAGUCGUGGCAGCUCCGCUUCGACACUCUGGAGGCCCUGCGCCUCUCCAGCAAGGGCCAGCUGAGCUACUGCAGCCACUGGCAGGAGGAUGAGGCUGCCUUGGAAGGAUGUGUGGCUCCCGUUGAGCUCUCCCCUUACUGCGGCUGGGUGCUGGACAGCCUUAGUGGGCAAUUGGCAGAGGAAAUCACACCCUCCGAGACUUCAACGCCCCAACAAUCCACCCCACUCCCAAAACGGGCAUCUGCGGAGAAGAUCCCGCCUGGCAGCCACCGGAGCUCCUCACCCCCUUCAUCUGCAGAGCCCAGUGAGACCAAGGAAAAUGAUAAUCUUAGUCUCCUGGAAACAAAGCAAGAAGUUGUUCCAGCAGCAGUUCUGUCAUCUAAAGUUGCAAAAGUUGAAGGCUGCAUUCGGUUGUAUGAAGAGAUGCACAGGCUGAAAGCAAAGGAGAGGCUGAGGCAGCGGCUGGAGGAGCAGGAGCAGAUGGUGAGGGCAGCCUACGCCCAGGCCAGCGAGCAGCUGAAGCGCUUCGAUGAACUGAGGGAGCUGAAGCGGCAUCAGGAAUUCCAGGAGUUGCAAGAAGUAAUGGAGAAGAGCUCGAAGGAGGCUCAGGGACAGCAAGAGAAGUUGAAGGAAGAACACCGACAUAGAGCAAAGAUACUGAACCUGAAGUUGCGUGAGGCGGAGCAGCAGAGGCAGCGGCAGGAGGAGCUGGAGCGUCUGCGCAAGGAGGAGGGCCAGGAGAGGCUGCGGCGCCUCUAUUCCAUCCAGGAGGAGCUGCUGCAGCUGAACCAGCAGAUUGAUCCCAACUACAGGCACAAAGACUUGCCCAGGAUUGAUCUGUCUGCCUACAGCAACCGUGGCAACCAGAUCUGCGGACUGGUGUCAGGGCUCAUCCGCAGCACGAGCGAGAGAGGGUUCCCAACUCAAGCAGAUGUGGCCAGCACUGAACGAGCCCUGCAGGAGAUGAGAGGGUUGAUAUCCAGCAUGCAGCAGGAAAUCACUGCAGCACUAGAGGAAAAGAAGAGGAAAGAUGAAGAGGAAAAGAAACAAAAGCAGAAAGAGUUAGAGAAGAAAGAGCAGAUGAAGAGUCAGACUCCUGCCCCUGCACAAAAAACAGGGGAAAAGCAGCAGAAGGAAGGACUUCAGGUUAAAACAGAAGAAAGUAUCAUGCAGUGGUACCAGCAGCUUCAGGAUGCAGCUGAGCAAUGUGUUGCUGCUUUCAGUGAAAUUGCAAACUGCAAAAGCAACACUGAGGUGAAGAAGAUAAAAACAAACUUGCAGAAAGCUGCUACAAUCCCUGUGAGCCAGAUCUCUAGCAUAUCAGGCUCUAAGCUGAGAGAGGUGUUUGACAAGAUCAAUAAUCUGCUGUCUGGGAAGCCUGUUCAGACUGAAGGACAAGCAGUGUCUGUGACUCAGCAUCCACAGGGGCUGGAGUUUGUCUGCUACAAACUUGCAGAGAAGUUUGUGAAACAUGGGGAAGGAGAAGUAUCUUUUCACCACGAUUCAGCUUUCCCAAUCGCUGUGGUGCUCUCAGGAAUCUGGGAAUUACACCCUCGAGUUGGAGACAUCUUUUUGGCUCAUCUGCACAAAAAGUGCCCUUAUGCUGUGCCAUUUUACCCUGCUCGGAAAGAAGGGACUUCUAUGGAAGAGUAUCAGAGGAUGCUUGGAUAUGAAGUUCAUGAUUCUAAAGUGGAAGAACAAGAUCAUUUUCUUAAAAGGAUGUCAGGAAUGAUUCGUCUCUAUGCUGCCAUCAUUCAGCUCCGCUGGCCUUAUGGAAACAGGCAAGGGGCUCAUCCUCAUGGUCUGAGCUAUGGAUGGCGCUGGCUUGCACAGAUGUUGAAUCUGGAGCCUCUGGCAGAUGUGACAGCUAUGCUGCUCUUGGAUUUCCUGGAAGUGUGUGGCAAUGCUCUGAUGAAGCAGUAUGGGAUUCAGUUCUGGAAAACAAUGUUCUUUAUCCAGAAAUCCUAUAUCCCAAGGAUUGAAGCUGUGACCAGCUCUGGCCAGAUGGGCUGUUUGUCACGUUUGAAGAAUUUUGUGCAGAAAUGUCUGCGUGCAGAGGAAAUUCCAUUACCAAAGGGCAUUCUGACACCUUCCUUUUGGAGAACAUAAAUCAACCUGUAUUUUCUUUCCCCUUGAUGUUUAAUUCAAGAAGAUUUAUUUGUUAGACUCAAAGCUAAUCUUUGCAUUAGAUCUUUAUAUGUUUUUGUAUAAUAAAUUACUGAAACUUCAA